UCCUUGCCCCCUCCCCCCACUUCGCCUUGUGACACAUCCUGGGCUCUUUCCGUCUCAGCAGCAGUAGCCGGUACGGCGGCAGCAGCAGCAGGAGCCGCAGCAGCUUCAGCAGCAGAGGCGGCAGCCGCUGGGCCCUCAGCCUCUCUUCCCAGCUGAGCUCUUGCUGCAGUCAUGGCUGCUGAUGGAGUGGAUGAACGUUCUCCUUUGCUCUCAGCAUCCCAUUCUGGAAAUGUCACUCCAACCGCCCCUCCGUAUUUGCAAGAAAACAGCCCCCGAGCUGAACUUCCACCUCCUUACACAGCCAUUGCUAGUCCAGAUGCCAGUGGUGUUCCUAUAAUAAAUUGCCGUGUGUGCCAAUCUCUAAUCAAUUUGGAUGGCAAGCUUCACCAGCAUGUAGUGAAAUGUACAGUCUGCAAUGAAGCUACGCCAAUCAAAAACCCACCAACAGGAAAGAAGUAUGUUAGAUGUCCAUGUAAUUGUCUCCUCAUCUGUAAGGAUACAUCUCGUCGAAUAGGAUGUCCAAGGCCCAAUUGUAGACGCAUUAUUAAUCUGGGCCCAGUAAUGCUAAUUCCUGAAGAACAGCCUGCUCAGCCUGCAUUACCAAUCCAACCAGAAGGGACACGAGUAGUAUGUGGGCACUGUGGAAACACAUUCCUGUGGAUGGAACUGAGGUUCAACACUCUAGCAAAAUGCCCCCACUGCAAAAAAAUUUCCUCAGUGGGUAGUGCACUUCCUCGAAGACGUUGCUGUGCAUAUAUUACCAUUGGAAUGAUAUGUAUUUUCAUUGGAGUUGGAUUAACUGUUGGUACACAAGAUUUUGCCAGGCGAUUUCAUGCAACCUAUGUUUCUUGGGCAAUUGCUUAUCUUUUAGGUUUGAUCUGCCUUAUCCGAGCUUGUUACUGGGGAGCCAUAAAAGUCAGUUAUCCAGAACACAGUUUUGCAUAAGCAUACUUCUAGUGAUAGAUUGCUGCAGGUGAGAUUCUCUAGCAGUUCUGGAUAAAACAAGUGAACGUUUAAAAAUAAUUUUCCUUGAUGGAUUCCAUUCUAAGUAUAGUAGUUCCAAGUUUGGGGGAGGGUCUUUUUAAAAAGUAAAUAUCCAUUGCACUGCAUUAUAUGCAAAGACUUUGUUUUGCUGCUAGAUUUUCCAAGCUCUGAAUAAUAAAGCUAUGUUUACAUGUUUAUUUUACAAAGUACUUUAACAUUUUUCACCCACAUUUUAGGUUUUACAUCUUUUCAUUGUUUUAAAAAAAUUUUGUUACAUUACUUUAUGAUCUGAGUAUUUAAAAGCAAGAUGUUAAUCUGUUUCUAAAAUAAUUUCAUAAUCAUACUUAGAUUUUAAUUAUAGCUGUAUCAAAGUGGCUUGCUUUAAGAUCUAAGCAAUAAGCAUUCUGCCUGAACUUACAGUAACUUACAGAAGAUCAUAGUGACCCUAUUCAAAACACAUUAAUUGAAUCUACUUUUGAAUACUGUGAUACUGUCACUGGAAAGAAAACAUUUGUAAACACUGUAUGCUUGUUUUUUCAGGUAGAAAGAAAUAUUUUGGUAGCAUUGAAAUAGAAUGAUAAAAUAAUUAUUUGUUCACUAUGGGAGAAAAUGUUGGAUAAAUGUCUUUUCUCAAAGAUCCCAAGAGUUGUUUUAUUUUUCUCCUAAUUUUAUUUGUCUGUCCUAAGAAGCCCUGAUCUAAAUUCAUUGAACUUAAUUUUAAUAAUUUGUAGGAGUUCCUUUACCCAGUCUGGGGAAAGUGUUUCAUAUAAUGUUUUGUAAUACGGAGCUAUCUUGUAGAAAAAGGUAGGGUUACAUCGGUCUGCUUCUUGUCAUUUGACUAUGGCAGAAUUUCCCUUUGGAGGCCAAUAUAUAUACUGGUCAUGUGGAAAAGGAGUUAUUGACAUUUUAUGCUAGCUAAAAGGAUGAGUAUAACUUAGUUUUACCACUUCAUCCUAAUAUAGCUGGUCAAUUCAAUACCCACUUUAUAUAAGGUGGAAUAAGCAACAAGAAGCAACUUAGUUUUCUAAGAAUUCACAAGGGUUAAGGGACCAGCUCUCACACUGCCCAUCUUUGCAGUUUUGAAAACUUUUUUUGCAAAAUUGAGAGAGAUUGUCCUGAGCUCUUUAUAAGCUAGUAGUUUUUAAGUAAUGGGGAGUUGGGAGUAAAUUAAUUAGAUAUUCCAGGAAUAAGAAAAAUAUUUUAAAAAUAUUUCUGUUCCUAAUUUUGUUAAGAAGGCACUUAUGAGCUUAUUUGGAAUACAGUAAGUGUAAACUUCAAAGGGUAAAUGAUGAUUAAUUAAUGUACAAAUGCAGUAGCUCAGGAUUAUAAUG